AUGACGCCCUCCACUUCUCCACCUGCCUCCCAGCGCGCCGCCUCCGCCAGCCCCCCGCCCCAGGACCGCCCCGAGCGAUCCCGCAACGCCAAAGCCCAAGCCCGCCACCGCGCGAAGCGGAAGGCGUACAUCGAACAGCUCGAGCAGACGGUGACGAAGCUCCAGUCCGUCCUCGCGCUCUCGCCCGAGCAGGUCGCCGCGAUCCCCCCGCCGCUGAUCCGCAUCCGCGAGCUCGAGCAGGAGAACGAGCUCCUCCGGCGCGAGGUCGACGAGCUCCGCCGCCAGCUCGACGUCAAGGGCGGCCCCGCCGGCGCGCUCCGCAACGGCGCCGCCGCCCAGGACGCGUUCCGCCGCGACGCCUACACCCCCGCACUCCCCGACGACCGCCACUUUGACGGCGUGGGCGUCGGCGUGAAGCGCCGCCGCACCGCGGACACGAUAUACACGUCCUCGGCCCACAACGGCACGACGCACAGCCCGCCCCCGCCGCUCUCCAUCCCGUCGAUCACGGGCCAGUACUCGCCCAACAGCCCGCCGCAGAGCGCGGGGUACGGCGGCGCGCACCAGUCCCAGUCCGCUGCGGCGGUGAACAACGGGUACGGCGGCGGCGGCGGCGCGCGCGGGCUCGCGGGCUACGCGUACUCGAACGGCGUCGCGCCCGCGUACGCGCCGAACGGGCUCCCGCCCGCGACGCCGACGUCCUCCGCGACCUCCAGCCCGUCUUUCUCGGCGAGUCCGUCGGACUACGCGUCGAGCCAGACCCUCCACACGCACGCGCACCACCAGCGGGCGCUCGCGACUUCGUACGGGCACAACGCGCUCCCCUCGUUCUCCCACCAGCCGUCGCAGUACGAGCUCGUCAAGCUCGAGGACGAGCAGCACUACACGGCUGACUACGGCCCGUUUGGCACCUCCCUUGACCGCACGGCGGACGCGGACCCGUUCGACGCGCUCCCAGCACUCGAGCCAGCACCACGCUUCCUCCGCGCCUAA